AUGGCGAUUAGAUUGCCUGGUCUUUCGAAUGCAAAGCAAAUUCUGCGCCGUUCGAGUUCUGCUUCGACGCCAGUAGAUGUUCCAAAGGGCUACUUUGCCGUGUAUGUCGGAGAGAGCAAAAAGAAGCGACAUGUAGUUCCAAUUUCAUUGCUGAACGAGCCUUCAUUUCAAGAGUUGCUUAGUCGAGCAGAGGAAGAAUUCGGAUAUAACCAUCCAAUGGGUGGCCUAACAAUCCCUUGCAGAGAAGAUAUCUUCAUUGAUCUUGCUUCGCGCUUGAGUUGA